GUGGGUAUAGCUGUGUGUGCUCAUCUGAGGGAGCAGGUAACUGCGGGCGAGUGGCGGUGGGCUCCGGGCAAGGAAAGACCUGGGGACCCGGACCCUGGGGAAAAAAAGCAAGUGAGCCCCGAGAGCUCUACGAGAAGAGCCGGCGCUUGGAGGGGGAGGGGCAGCUGCAGCGGGCUGCCGGGCGGUCCCGCCCCUGGCCUGGGUCAGGACCGGGGCUCCGCAGGAGCACGAUAUCGAGAGUAGCUUUUGCUAUUUCCUCGGAGCACUAAGAGUGGUGUGGUUUCGGGUGGACUUGCGGAGGACCAAGACCUUGGGAAGAUCGCGGUUGCUCUUCAGUCGCCACCCAGAGUUCCCCGAGGAGGCUUUCCGAAAUGGAUGCCACUCUAACAGCACGAGAGAUCCGAGAGAAGUUUAUAAAUUUCUUCAGACGAAAUGAGCACACCUAUGUCCACUCUUCUGCCACCAUCCCUCUCGAUGACCCCACUCUGCUCUUUGCCAACGCUGGCAUGAACCAGUUCAAACCCAUCUUCCUAAACACAAUUGACCCAUCUCACCCUAUGGCGAAGCUGAGCAGAGCUGCCAAUACCCAGAAAUGCAUCCGAGCUGGGGGCAAGCACAACGACCUGGAUGACGUGGGCAAGGAUGUCUACCACCACACCUUCUUUGAGAUGCUGGGCUCCUGGUCUUUUGGGGACUAUUUCAAGGAAUUGGCAUGUAAGAUGGCCCUGGAACUUCUUACCCAGGAGUUUGGUAUUCCAGUUGACAGACUCUAUGUCACUUACUUUGGUGGGGAUGAGGCGGCCGGCCUAGAGCCAGAUUUGGAGUGCAGACAGAUCUGGCAAAAUUUAGGACUGGAUGAAGCCAGAAUCCUCCCUGGCAACAUGAAGGACAACUUCUGGGAGAUGGGUGACACGGGCCCCUGUGGUCCCUGCAGCGAGAUCCACUAUGACCGCAUUGGUGGCAGGGACGCCGCACACCUUGUCAACCAGGAUGACCCCAAUGUGCUGGAGAUCUGGAACCUCGUGUUCAUCCAGUAUAACAGGGAGUCGGAUGGUGUUCUGAAACCUCUUCCCAAGAAAAGCAUCGACACAGGGAUGGGCCUAGAGAGGCUGGUGUCUGUGCUGCAGAACAAGAUGUCCAACUACGACACCGACCUUUUCGUGCCUUACUUCGAAGCCAUUCAGAAGGGCACCGGCGCCCGGCCGUAUACUGGGAAGGUUGGUGCCGAGGAUGCGGACGGCAUCGACAUGGCCUACCGGGUUCUGGCUGACCACGCCCGGACCAUCACUGUGGCGCUGGCUGAUGGCGGCCGGCCUGACAACACAGGACGGGGGUACGUGCUGAGACGGAUCCUUCGCCGAGCUGUUCGAUAUUCCCAUGAGAAACUGAAUGCCAGCAGGGGUUUCUUCGCUACAUUGGUUGAUGUUGUUGUUCAAUCCCUGGGAGAUGCAUUUCCUGAGCUGAAGAAGGACCCAGAUAUGGUGAAGGACAUCAUUAAUGAAGAAGAGGUCCAGUUUCUCAAGACGCUCAGCAGAGGGCGGCGCAUCCUGGACCGAAAAAUUCAGAGCUUAGGAGACUGCAAAACCAUCCCAGGCGACACCGCUUGGCUCCUCUAUGAUACUUACGGAUUCCCAGUGGACCUCACUGGAUUGAUUGCUGAAGAGAAGGGCCUGGUGGUAGAUAUGAAUGGCUUUGAGGAAGAGAGGAGACUGGCCCAGCUGAAGUCACAGGGCAAGGGAGCAGGGGACGAAGACCUCAUCAUGCUGGACAUUUACGCUAUUGAAGAGCUCCGGGCAAAGGGUUUGGAGGCCACAGAUGAUUCUCCAAAGUAUAACUACCAAUCAGACUCCAGUGGUAGCUACGUGUUUGAGUGUACAGUGGCUACCGUGCUUGCUCUGCGUCGGGAAAAGAUGUUUGUGGACGAGGUGGUCACUGGCCAGGAGUGCGGAGUGGUGCUGGACAAGACCUGCUUCUAUGCGGAACAAGGAGGGCAGAUCUACGAUGAAGGCUACUUGGUGAAGGUCGACGACAGCAGUGAGGAUAAAACCGAGUUUACAGUGAAGAAUGCUCAGGUCCGAGGCGGGUACGUGCUGCACAUAGGAACAAUAUACGGCAACCUGAAAGUGGGAGAUCAAGUCCGGCUGUUUAUUGAUGAGCCCCGGCGGAGACCCGUCAUGAGCAACCACACAGCUACACACAUCCUCAACUUCGCCUUGCGCUCAGUGCUCGGGGAAGCGGACCAGAAAGGUUCACUGGUUGCUCCUGACCGCCUUCGGUUUGACUUCACUGCCAAGGGAGCCAUGUCCACCCAGCAAAUCAAGAAGGCUGAGGAGAUUGUCAAUGGCAUGAUUGAGGCAGCUAAGCCUGUCUACACUCAGGAUUGUCCCCUGGCAGCAGCAAAAGCCAUCCAGGGCCUUCGAGCUGUGUUUGAUGAGACCUAUCCUGACCCCGUGCGAGUCGUCUCCAUUGGGGUCCCCGUGUCAGAGCUGCUGGAUGACCCGUGCGGGCCUGCUGGCUCCCUUACUUCUGUUGAGUUUUGUGGAGGAACACAUCUACGGAAUUCUAGCCACGCAGGCGCUUUUGUGAUAGUGACAGAAGAAGCUAUUGCCAAGGGUAUCCGGAGGAUUGUUGCUGUCACAGGUGCUGAAGCCCAGAAGGCUCUCAGGAAGUCAGAAACCUUGAAGAAAUCUCUCUCUGCCAUGGAGGCCAAAGUGAAGGCUCAGACUGCACCCAACAAGGACGUGCAGAGGGAAAUUGCUGACCUUGGUGAGGCCCUGGCCACUGCAGUCAUCCCCCAGUGGCAGAAAGAUGAACAACGAGAGACUCUGAAAUCCCUGAAGAAAGUCAUGGAUGACCUAGACCGCGCCAGCAAAGCCGAUGUGCAGAAGCGAGUGUUAGAGAAGACAAAGCAGCUGAUUGACAGCAACCCCAACCAGCCUCUGGUCAUCCUGGAGAUGGAGAGUGGAGCAUCGGCCAAGGCCCUGAAUGAAGCGUUGAAGCUUUUCAAGACACAUUCUCCUCAGACAUCUGCCAUGCUGUUCACAGUGGACAAUGAGGCCGGCAAGAUCACGUGCUUGUGCCAGGUUCCCCAGAAUGCAGCCAACCGAGGGCUGAAAGCCAGCGAGUGGGUCCAGCAGGUUUCAGGCCUGAUGGAUGGUAAAGGCGGUGGCAAGGACAUGUCCGCCCAGGCCACAGGCAAGAACGUGGGCUGCCUUCAGGAAGCACUGCAGCUGGCUACCUCCUUUGCCCAGCUCCGUCUGGGAGAUGUGAAGAACUGAUGGGAGGGAAGCCCUCUCGGGAAAGCAGCUCGCCGUCAACCAGACAUGUCUGAAGGUGGGAAUCCAGCCAGGAGCUCUCCUCCUGCCACGAAGACAUUGGGGUCAUGGGACCUUUCAGCAGCCCCGUCCGUCCUGAUCCAGCGGUAACGGGAACACGCCUGGAGCUGUCCUGUGAUUCAUUGCCCCUCUCCAUUACUGCUCUGAGCCCAUUCAUGUCAGCACCAUCUGUCUAAAAUCACUACCCAGGAAUGCUUUUUAACGUCAUGAUCAUGUCUAGAUAAGGUCACUCAGCCAGCCUAAGGCUUCUAGGUCUGCAGAGGAAGGAAGGAAGCCUUUUCUCUGCAGAAAAUAAAAAGGACCAUGUGCAAUA